AUGGCUGAAACUCACCACCUCCGCGCAGAGAAGCUCUUCUCGGUCAAGGACUAUGUCUGCGUUGUUACAGGAGGAGGUUCUGGUAUUGGUUUGAUGUGCGCACAGGGAUUGGCUGCCAAUGGUGCCAAAGUAUACAUCACAGGUCGACGCCAAGAAGUUCUCGAGCGGGCAGCAAAGUCCCACAGCCCCGAUGAUGAUGGCCAGAUCAUUCCUCUCGGCCCCUACGAUGUGACCAAGAAGUCCGACCUAGAGGCCAUGUCCAAGGAGCUCUCCUCGAAAGAAAAGCACAUCAACCUUCUCGUCGCCGCAGCCGGCAUCAGCAGCGAGAAGGCAGACCCCGACACCGAGUCCGCCACCGAGUUCAAGAAGCGAGCCUUUGAGAACGAGACAUUCGAGGGCUGGAGCGAGACAUACAACACCGACGUUACCGCUGUGUACUUCACAACUGUUGCAUUGCUGCCGCUGCUCCAGGCAGGUACAGAGAGCCACGGCCACCUCUCCGCAAGCGUCAUCGUCAUCAGCUCCAUGUCGGGCAUCAUGCGUCACGCACAGGGCCACUUCAGCUACAACUCUGCAAAGGGCGGAACAGUGCACUUGGCGAAACUCAUGUCGUCCGAGUUCACGAAGAUGAAGGUUCGCGUAAACAGCAUUGCGCCUGGGUACUUCCCCUCUGAGAUGACCACAUCAGAGAGCGACCACAAGCAGAAGUCUGAGCUGCCCGACGAGAAGAUCCAGGAGAAGGGCCAUGUCCCGAUGGAGCGUGCGGGGAGCGACGAGGAGAUGGCGCAAGCUGUCUUGUUCCUUGCCAAGAACAGAUACGUCAACGGCGAGGUUGUUGCCGUCGAUGGCGGUGUGCUGAACGUGGUUGCUGGACGAUAA